UGCUUGCUAUUGUUGAUGACUUGUUUAUUAGCUAGCUCAAGUUUAUCCUUGUUGCAGUUAAUCUUUGUGUCAUUUUCGAGUAGAUCGAAUGGCAUAGACAUCACACACCUGAUAUCCUUAUCGUGGCCGCUAGGCAAAUGGCAGAUGGUCGCUACUAGGUUGGCUAGGCGAAACUGCUUCGUACGUACGAUUUGCGGUUCUUUCUGUGUUGUUUCCUUCUCACUUCGUUUUGUUUUCUUGAUGUUGUUCAUCCUCACACUUGUGCGUGUUCUCGUCUCGUCGUCGUAACCAUCAUCAUUUCAUCGGGUCUAUUCGACGUGGUAUUGCUGUUUGUGUGGUGUGCCUUUGCAGUAAUCUGUAUCUGUACACAGUGUUGCGUGUAAGUGCGUGUGUAUCGACGACAUUCAGCAAAUCAUUGUCUUGGUUCAUUCACUUGCGACCGGGAGGACUGCUUCACUCAGUAGCGACUUUCGUUGGAUCCCCCGCUAACGAGGUUGUUACAGAAGCACUUUCACCCCACCCCCUUUAGCUUGCCUCAACCAGUGGAUAGAAGCGCAAGAAAACGUGCAUCUAAGAACCCCACUCGAUACUGACAAUAGAUUAACAUAACGUUAUUGAUCAUUGGCGUUCGCCAAUCAAUUGUUCGCAUUAUCUACGACGAGGAGACUUACUCAGGUGCUACAUCGCUACGUUACAAUAUCGCGUUUGGCUAGUUAAUAGUAAGUCUUAGUUUAUGUGAAGCAGAAGCCAAAUUUUAGUUUCAUACAACAGGACGGAACAAUAUUGAAACGACAAAAGUGUUUGUGCCGGGCUAAGUGGUGACCGAAUCUCUUUGUACGCUAUCAUACGGAUUAGUAAGCACCUCAAGCGUGUGGCACCCGGUUAAUUUAUCUAAGGUAGUUGUAGAGCACUGAGGUGACCCGCCGCUGCGCGGGGGUGUAGCUAGCUGCAAUGAUCCUCUUGCGAGGCGGUUGUCGGCAGCAUGCACUGUGAUCCCUGCAAGGCCCCCGUGCAGGCCAAUACCCUCUAUCGUGUUAAGUACCAGUCUACGCCGACUUCAUCAUCAUCAUCAUCAACAACAUCUUCACAAUCAUCAUUAUUAUUAACAGCAGCGUCGACGAGUAGUACGGGGCCAUCGAACAACAACAACAACAACGUUUUUCCGAAACCGGUAUCGAGAUCAUUAGCUUUACAAAGUGGUGAGAUUUUUGAACGGCGUGAGAUACUUCGCGCGCUUUUACAGCGUGCCUCGGCGAUCGCGAGAGAUCCCGGAAAAGACGAGAACACCCGACAGCACGUGCGCGCUUCUCUGGAGGCUGCACUGUGCCCUUCGUUAAACGGGCUCACAAACGCGCAUAACGUUGCAAUAGCUCGAGCCGCUCUCCGCAAGCCCCUUGGUGAAGUUGCUCUAGACUCACCAACAUCGUCAAAAGUUUCUGCUGCAUCUGUAAGCACUACAGAGGACUCGACUCCCGGAACCGCCCGUUCCUUAGUCACUGAUUACGGAGUCAAGCGAGCGUCGGUCAGAAGCAUUGUCAACACUAUCUGUUCUGGACUUCCACUAAACGUAGAGGCCCAGCUAACACUUGAGUUAGCGCUGUGCAGUGCUGUAGGCCCCUGUAUCAGCGGUACGAGGGGAGAGGUAGUCGGUUUAAAGGCAAGCAACGAACAUCUGCAGUUGAAGGUCGAAUCCAUUCUCGAGUCCGUCGAGGCCAAACAAUUGCUCUCGGCUUUACCCUGUGACCUUCUCGAAGCAAUCUGCUGCUCUGUUGACCUGCCGCUGCGCAGAAGACUUGUGCAGGUAAUCGGCAACCGACAGCAGCUGCGGUAUCUAUCUGAACAAGCGAGCUCGCCAUUCCUCCUGCGUGCUCUGCUUAGCGUAAACGGUGAUUGCGCACUUAGUCGACGUUUGGAUAUUCAGCCAUUGCCAUUCGAACAACGAUCGCCGGGUAGGGGUGAUAAUCGCCAGGAGGACGCAGAAGACCUAGUGAAUCGCUUGCUCACGGCGAUGGCCGCCCGAAACUCGACUUUGAUGGAGGCGUCCACCGCCGACAAAUACAUAGCGGAGGUAGGCCGUUCGCUGACAUCAUCAGCGGAAAAGUGUGAAAACGAGAUCCGAGAGUUUUCGAGGGUGAUCGGUAUGACAGGCGCAAAAUUCGUGGCUAACCUCAUCAGUGCCAUGUGUAAAAGCCACUUUCCGGCUGGAAAUGAUGAUCCCGUAUGGAUGAGCCCUUCGAACGUGUUAACCGGUGGAUGGCCUGGUCAAAAGGAUACGCAAGGUGGGGGUCAAACUAGUGGCGUUGUCGGAGGUGGACCCCAAGAAGCGCUAGACUGGAACGUUGACGUUCUGUUUCGAGCCAUUAUUGCCGUGGAAAGCGGGCUAGACUGGAAGGAGGUGGUCCGCCAGUUUGACAACCCAAACUUCCUUGUUAAGGAUCGCGCCGGGCUCAGGUUUUUGUGGCAGGUGUUGACCAAGGCAUUUGACGACGUACAGAGAAUUCCAAUGGACAUUAUCUACGGCAAGUGGCAGAACUGUGAAGGACAGUUCUUCCUCCUUAAACAAAUGUUAACGUGUCCGGAUAUCGUCAAGCUUACCGAGUGCCUACCAUGCACGAAGCCCGAGCCCGUGGUCGCGCAGGAGAAGCCUAGCGGCGGCGGCGGUACUGGCCCAGGCCACGACGAGGACUCCAACCCGCUUUUUGUCAAUUGGAAGGUCAUGGAAGUGCAUGACACCCUGAUGACGUUGUGCGAUCGUCCCGAGUUGCACAAUGAAGUUCAAAAUCUAUAUAAAGCAGCAAAGGAAUCGUCCCACGACACAAUCACGAUAGCGUUGCUGCAGGUCAAAUCACCAAUGACCCCUGGUCGGCGCAUCCUACUCAAGGAUUUGAUGCAACACUACCUAGGUGGAGGAGCCCAUAAUGCGCAGACUAUCCUGCACUUCGCGUGGAGCGGCUCAGCCGCACAGCCGAUGCAACAGGAAAUGCACAAGAUCGUUAAAGAAGCAAUGGUCGAGUACUACACGUCAGGAGACGGUGAAUCGAGCCGAUUAACACGUAUCCUUGAGCUUGCUCAGGAGAUUAAGUGUCUGCAAAGUCUUCUUGCAUCGGCACGCACACUUGAUGCCGUCGGCCAAGUAGGCAUUCAAAACACGAUUACCUUCGCCAUUGAUCUUGCUUGCCUGGCGUCCCGUCGCGAAUAUCUUAAACUUGACAAGUGGAUGGCGGACAAUCUGAGCGCGAAUAUUGAAACGUUCAUGCCGGCCUGUGUGUCGUUCCUACAACGGAAGGUGCCCUAUUUGGUCGGAAAACCUGGCGAGACGGGGGCUCACCUUAUCACACAAGAGUGUGUCCAUACAAUGCUAGCCACAAUGUUGUCACAGGGUCCUCUAAUCAAAGAUGAAAAACUUAAGAUGCGGCUGGCCGAAGUCUUCGAUCAGGUUCAAAACAUGAUGGAGAAUUUCAAUGUGAUCGGCGGCAAACGCCGUCCGGGAGGAGGUCCACAGCCACCUCAUCCACCACCUCCAGCUCAUAUGUCUACAGGGCAGGUACCGCCUGGCAAUUUCCACCAUCCACACCCGCAGCAUCAUCCGGUGAACCUUGGACAGCCACCGCAUUUGCCGCCCCCGCCUGCGCAACCGCAGAGCGAUAUGCUGGGUUUCCGCAAUCCGCCAACGGCAAUGCAGCCGCAUUACUCGACGGGGCCGAACAGGUCGAACCAAACACCCGGACAGGUGUUUGGUCCUGGCGGACCUCAGACUCACGCCGGGCCAAUGACGCUCAUGGGCGGACCUAUGGGUGGAGCUGCCGCUCUUACGGCAGCUGCGCCGCCGACUACUGAGGAAUUCCUACAAAGUGGCGACUUGACAAGAGUACACGUCUCAAAGGAAACUGAAGAUGAGGCGAACUCGUACUUUCAGAAGAUCUACAACCAACCUCAGAUCAAGACAGAAACGAUCAAGGAGUUUUUAGACAUGCUUAAAAGAUUCAGCAAUUCAAACAAGCCAAAUGAACGUGAGGUGUUCCAGUGCAUGAUCAGGAAUCUUUUCGAAGAGUAUCGUUUCUUUCCGUCGUACCCUGACAAAGAGUUGACGAUCACGGCUCAGUUGUUCGGUGGCAUAAUUGACUACGAGCUCGUGCGUUAUCAAACCCUAACGAUGGCGCACAAGUUCGUCGUUGACGCGAUCAAAAAGCCACAGAACAUGAAGAUGUUCUACUUUGGUAUCGUUGCUCUAGACUGCUUCAAAACGAAGAUAAGGGCAAACCCCUCAUUUUGCCAACUUCUACACUCGUGCCCAACGUUCAGCAUGUUUCCGGAGCAUUUGCAGUUAUGGGUGGAGUGCGGAAUGAAAGGACAAGAACCACCUGGCAAGCCUAAAGGAGUGAUGCCUCUACUAAACAAUGGCAAACUCGCGCAUUCGAAUCCUCAGCAGGGCGUUAAAAAGAGCACUGUUCUGGCCACCGGCGGAAAGCCCUCCAUUGCUGCCGCGACGAAUAUCGAUACGUUGCUGGGUGCCUCAGACAAAGUCGAGAAAAUCAUCGAACCAAGCGAACAUACAGCUGACAAGAUCGGAUUUAUCAUCAACAACCUGUCGCAGGCUAAUGUACAGCAGAAAUCUGAGGAGUUUAGGGAACUGGUAAGCGAGGAGUUAUUCCCGUGGUUCGCCCGAUACAUGGUUGUUAAACGAGCUUCGAUCGAAGCUAAUUUCCAUUCGCUGUACGUCAAUUUCCUUGAUACAAUCAAUUCUCAGACGCUAUCGGCUCUUACGUUGAGUGAAACCUACCGCAAUAUUCGAGUUCUACUUCGCAGUGAUAAGGAUGUAUCGGACUUUACUGAUCGCGCUCUUUUGAAGAGCCUUGGUCACUGGCUAGGUUUGUUGACGAUCGCCCGAAACCGACCUAUUCUCACACUCGACAUCGAUCUCAAGGCGCUACUGAUCGAAGCCUACCACAAAGGUCUUCAAGAUCUUUUAUAUGUUGUGCCAUUUAUUGCUAAGAUCCUUGAGUCUGCAGUUAAGUCAAAGAUUUUUCGGCCACCUAGUCCGUUCACGAUGGGUUUGGUCUACGCCCUUGUCGAAUUACACAGCGAACAGGGCCUGAAACUGAAUCUCAAAUUUGAAGUUGAAGUUCUGUGCAAGGCUUUGUGCUUGGACGUUCAGCAGGUAAAAGAGGAUGCUAUACGCCGUGGUUGUUUCCACGUCCUUAAAGAUCACGGUAAGCUCGCCUUGCUGGAUUCACCGCUUCUAGGCCCACCGCCAAUCUCACAGAAUCCACCGAAUGUCAGUGUGUCCGCGCCACAAAUGUCAGCUCCGCCGCAGGUUACUAGCGGACCGCCCCACCCGCAUGUGGCUGGCCAACCCGCUCCCAAGGUGAAUGAAAUCAUCCCGAUGAUGCAGCAGUUCAAUAUGCAAAACGCGGGUACCGGCGGCGGCGCCAAUACGAGUAUGGUGCCCGGCAGUGGCAUGAUGCAUGGCCAAUCCGGUCCGCCUGAAGAAUUUUUGCAACAGCAACAUCAGCAGCAACAACAGCAGCAGCAGCAGCAGCAGCAGCAACAGCAGAUGGGCGUAGGAGUACCUGGUGUGGCCCCACAAAACACCCAGGCCGGUCAGGCUGCUAUCAUGUCGCAAGGCCAACAAGUUUCUAACAACCUGACUCAAGCACAGCUGAUGCAACAACAACAACAACCGCCUACGCCGCAGUAUUCACUUCGGGAGUUUAAUGCGGUUACGCCAAACAUGCUUCCUUCAUUGAUCUCGAUACCGCCCAAUAUCCCGUUGUUUCAGACGCAUCCUAAUCUGAAAUUGCAUGUUCGUAAUUCAGUCGAACAGAGCAUCCAGGAGUGGAUGAAACCUGUCGUUGAACGGUGUUUAAAGAUCGCACUCGUCACUUGUGAAAAUAUUGUUAAGAAGGAUUUCGCUUUGGAGCCUGAUGAGAACAAGAUGCGCCUUUCGCUGCACAAUAUGGUGCGCGCCGUUACCGCGGCCAUGGUCAUUGUCACAUGCAAAGAGCCGUUGUUUAUAACGAUUACGAACAACGCUAAGAAGCUCCUGCGUGAUGCUUUGAAUAUGAUUGCUUCACAGGGCCAGAUGCCGUUUAACUCGAAGGAACAACACAUCGACCAGGCGGCAAACGCCAUUGCUAACGAAAAUGUUGAACUCGCGACUUGCUUUAUUCAAAAGACGGCUAUCGAGAAGGCCGUUAACGAAGCCGACAAAAAGUUCUCUGCCGAGUACGAGGCCCGGAAAGUCGCACGUAAAGAGGGCAAAGUCUACUGUGACCACAAUGCACUCAGUUAUCAGGAGCGCAUGCCGGAAAUUCUACGAUUGAAGUUAGGUGGUACACCAGCUCCGCAAAUGGCUGUCUAUGAAGAGUUUGCUCGAAACGUGCCAGGCUUCGCAAGCUCACCGGGACCUGGGGAACGCCCUGGAGUAGGACAAUUCGCAGGAGCCGGUCAGCAUGAUGCCCGAUCGGCAGAAGCCUAUUUCGCAGGGCAGUUUGCUAACCAAUCUGGUCAACCAGCCCAAAAGAUGCCGCAAGCCCAGGCACAGCCGCAGCCAAUGAUGAUGCCACCUCGCGUCCCGCAAAUCGAGGACAAUGCCAGUGGAGGUGGUCUCGUCGAAAAGAUGUUCCUUGAACUGGAGAUGUUGGUAAGCUAUAUCACGACGCACAUGUCAAACACUAUACCACAAGCGAUGCCGGCGGCCAGUCAGCUUGCGAUGAAUGUGCACGUCGUGCAGGAAGCCUUGCAGGUGUAUCGCCAGUCGAACUACGAACUUUCGGCUGGCUACAUGGUAGUUCACAAAACAAUGGAAAGUCUUCUGGAAGGCCUAUUUAUACUGAACCACCCAACCUUGUCGCACUUGGAGGGUGGGCAUGGUCAUCCGCAUCCAUCUGACUGGUCUAACAAAUACCGCGAGACACACGUUCUCGUCCUAAAGGUUCUGGCCGAUCGCUCGUUGCUUGGAUUCAACAUGAAGCUGCCGAGUAUCGUUGCAAAAGUUCUCCUUGAGCACCCAAACGAAGAGGCCAGAUACAAUCUAGCGGUGUUCGACGCUCUACUCAGGUCUAACCUGCUUUUCGUACCGCUCUUCGAUGUACAGCUGGCAAGCUUACUUGAUCAGUCUGUGUCGUUUGCUGCUCUGGCGUUCGCAAAAGACCUAGUGCGCGUUGUCAAUAGUUACCGAGAGAGUGGUGUUCUGCCAGAAGCAGAUAUGCCACAUACGCUUGAGGCAAUUUACCAUCAUCGGCGUCUACCUCCGCCACUUCCGCCGCAAACGAACCCGCAGCAACAGCAACCACCGCAGCAGCCUCCACAGCAGCAACAAGCGCCUUUGACGCAGCACCAACAACAGCAGCGUCAACAGCAGCAGCAGCAACAACCGCUAAACCCCAACCCCUUAGGAGAAGAAUUUGGUGGUGGUGGUCCUGAGCUUAUGUUGGGCCAGCGACCGUUCGCAGGGGGUCCCGGUGGCCAGGGCAAUCAGCUCGAAUAUAACAGCCCGCCAAUGGCUAUGAUGCAUUCGGGGAUGAGCGAGGCGCGGAAUCCAGAGAACGAUCCGCCUGAUCUUCAGACCAAGACCGAGUGCUUGUUACAGGAUUGGGUGUCGAUGUAUAGUUCGUCGCACGGUAAGGACUCGACGAAGAACUUCCAGUUGUUCGUUCAACAGAUGAACAUGCAGGGCAUUCUUAAGACGGAUGACCUCAUCACCAAGUUUUUCCGUCUUUCCACCGAAAUGUGUGUCGAGCAUACGUAUCGCCAGACGACGAAGGCUGUCCAACAGGUUAACCAGCAGGCCGCUCUAUCUCCAUCUCAGCCAGCUGGCGGUGAUGGCCUGAGUGGCAGUAGUGCCAUUUCGGCCACUCAUAAUUCACCAGCACUCGCCGCUCACCAGUGCGUCAAUGUCGCCCGGAACAAGUGCUUCCUGACACUAGACGCCUACGUGCGUCUGAUUGCCAUGCUUGUUAAGCAUAGCGGCGACCAGUCCAACCCAAUCACGAAGGUGAACCUACUGAACAAGGUUCUAGGUAUCAUUGCAGGUGUCCUUGUCCAUGAUCAUGAGACGCGAGCCAGUGAAUUCCGGCAACUUGCCUACCACCGAAUGUUCUUGAUGCUGUUCCUCGAACUGACAGCCCCGGAACCUAUUUUGGAGGUGUUCUCGUUUCAAACAUUAAUGGCCUUCUGCAACACCCUGCAUAUGCUCCACCCUUCUAAGGUGCCUGGAUUCGCUUUCGCUUGGCUGGAGCUGAUUUCCCAUCGUAUGUUCCUCGCCAGGAUGCUGGCCAUUACUCCUCAACAGAAGGCCUGGGGAAUGUUUGCCCAGCUACUUCAAGAUCUAUUCAAGUUUCUUUCACCGUUCCUUCGUAACAUGGAGCUAACGCCUCCGGUGCAUUUGCUGUACAAGGGCACAAUCCGAGUGUUGCUCGUUCUGUUACACGACUUCCCGGAAUUCCUUGUUGAUUACCAUCACGGCCUGUGUGAUCUGAUCCCGGCCAACUGUGUGCAGAUGCGCAACCUUAUCCUUUCGGCUUUCCCGCGGCAUAUGCGCCUUCCUGAUCCAUUCACGCCGCUCCUGCGCGUUGAGACCAUCCCGGAGUGUAUGCAUUUGCCAAGAAUUCUACCAAAUUAUACAACCAUGAUCCAGUCAUUGCCUCUACGCAAAGACCUCGAUGCGUUCCUUAAAACGCGCCAGCCGGCCGGCAUUGUAGCCGAGUUGAUCGACGCGCUUCUCGUACAGAGCAACGCUCAGGGAAGCAGUGGCCCGAACGAGGCUGGGUCGCGAUACAAUAUUCCACUCGUCAAUGCGCUUGUUUUGUACGUAGGUUCACAAGCGAUUGCCAUGAUGCAGCCGCAGACUCAACAGCAGCCGUACCAUUUUACCGAAGCUGGUGGCCGCACUCCAGCUGGCCAGAAACCGCUCGGUGGUCCUCAAGCUGGUCAAGGAAACUCCAUCCCACUGACGUGGCAGUGCGUCGCUCGGACUCCGCACGCCGAACUGUUUGAGCAGCUCAUGGCGAAGAUGGAUAACGAAGGGAGGUACUUGGUACUGAAUGCCAUUGCCAAUCAGUUGCGCUUCCCGAAUGCGCAUACGGCGUAUUUCAGCGCGCUGACUCUCGCACUAUUCGCAGGACUACAAGACAUCCAAUCAGUGAAUGCUGAAGAGGAGGGUGAAGCCGGCAUCGUGUCGCGUCAAACCAUGACACCAGCAAUGGCCAAUGUAGUUCGGGAGCAAAUCACCCGCGUACUGCUGGAGAGGCUAAUCGUUAACCGACCUCAUCCAUGGGGACUUUUGGUCACCUUCGUGGAGCUGCUCAAGAACACACAAUUGAACUUCUGGAAGUACGAAUUCAUCCGUUGUGCUCCUGAGAUCGAGAAACUGUUUGAUUCAGUAGCGCGCUCCUGCGUAGGUCCUAAGCCCGUCGGAAGCGAUUAAACGACAACGAUCUCUUGACAACAACUAGCUCUACCGGCACCUGAUGAAUCGACAUCACCCAUGCUGAACGAAACACAUCGCAGUUAAUGUGCUGAUAUUAGAGAAGACAUGGUCAGGUACAAUCAAGGUAAAAACUGUAGCGCAGUUGUUACUCGAAGAGCUCCAACCAUCCGUCUGUGCAACACACAUAACAAUAUACCGACAACAACCACAACAACAAAUAUUCAAAAGAACGCGGUGUUAAAGUAUUUGAGAUAAAUGCAUUUCACCAAGUAAUCACAUACAGACGACGACGACGACGACGACGACGACCUUCCACAGUAACAAGGAACGCGAGUUAAAAUCGCCUCGAUUUUUUCCCGUCGCUCUGCGAAUACCCUAUCCAAGUUCGUAAUUUUGGUGGCAUACUGCACCAGUCCAACCGUUUAAGUAAUAUAGUUGCACAUUAGCCAGUCCUACGAAAUAUACACGUAACUAACGUAGAAUGACCAGUAGCGAAUGUACGACAAACAAAAGCCAUUGUACUAAACUGGUAAUGUCAAAUAGAACAUAGGAAAACGAAACGCAAACAAGAUUAUUGAAUAUGUAACAAAGAUCUAGUGCAUCUUAGAAAUAAGAAAUGGGCGCAGCGCGUGCGUAUGAAAUCGAUACUAAAGCAAACGAUGUAUUAUAUUGAUGCGCAGACCGCAGACGGGUGAUUACUAUUUUUAGCAAUGAGUAUACAGUGAAGAGAAAAAGACAGUGCAGUGAUUUCAACAGUAAUAAUAAUAAUAAUAAUAAUAAGGAACCAGAGAAGAUAAGGCAAACAAAGCGCGUGUGAUUCAGACGUCGGAUUUAGUCGUCGAGUGCUGCUGCGGCUAUCGAAACGAGCGCGGAUGUUGUAUAUACAUAUAAAUAUAUCUUAUUAUAGGAUAUUUCAAUGUGGAAACGAUACAUAGCGUAGUGUACAGCAAUAGCUGGACUUGUAGAGUUGAGACGGUGAGAUGAGGUUAAUAAAAGUCAACGAAAUAUAGAGCAAUGAGAAGGGGUUCAGGAAAACCGAGGAUGUAUGUGAUUGUACCGGGCCCUGCCAGUGGUUGGGCUGGCCCAACGUGUUUACUGAUCAUGUGUAGAUUUGCCUUUGGUGUAGGUCGAGAGAACCAUAUGUAACAACUUCUCAACGAACGGCCUUAAGCAAAAACAGGAUUUAGCGAAUUUAAGAGAGCUGAUCUUAUUUACGUGGUCGUAAAGGGCCUUUUCUGCCACUGCAGCCACACGACGAUACCGAGAUGAGCUCACGCCAUUUACACAUGGUUAAUGAGUGUUCGUGCAAAUGCUAACGUUCGCCAAAGGGUGCGCUCAAGAGGUCUAAUUCAUGCAGGAUGUAGCAUUUUUCCAGUAGUCGUUGGCAUCUCUCCUAACAACCUUUGACUUUUCAUAGCACAGAAGCGAACAUUUGCACAUAUAGUGCUACAUCCGUGUAGCGUCGCAUUUAACGUUUUUCCAUGCGCGCCAUCGUCGUAACUUCCACUUCUUCUUAUGUUCUUGUAUACUAUCAUGUAACUUAUAUGUUAGCUUGAAUAUUUAUAUAUCGAUAUACUACAACCCAGCUACAAAAAAAAUUGUUGUCCUAAACAUAGACAUGAAUUGAUGUGGAUGAUGUAUAAACUUACAUGAUAAAUUGUUUACAAACAUCCUGCUUUUGUGUGAGCCCGUUGGUUGAGAAAUCGUCACAUAUAGUUUGCUUAUAUUUCAAGUCGGUUGAUUGGCGCAGUUUUCUCUUUUUAGUUGUGGUCACAAGCAAAAUCUAUGACUCGUACGUAUGACACUUGAAACGAACAGAUACACGUAUGCACGUAGACAGAGAAAAAGAUAUAUAACCUGAAACCGGACCAAGCAAAAAAAUAUUUAUACGUAUAUAUAUAUAUAUAUAUA